AUGACGAUCACCAACAUCCUAGUCUUCUUCAUCUUUGUCCUUCCGUUCACUUUCGCUGAGCUACGCGUUGGCUUCUACACCUCAACUUGUCCAGGAGCAGAGACAAUUGUACGUGAAGUUGUGCAAAGACAUUUCAACCAGGAUAAUUCCAUUGUCGGAGGCCUCCUUCGCUUGCACUUUCAUGAUUGCUUUGUUAGAGGUUGUGAUGCCUCUAUACUAAUAGAUCCAACUAGGAACAGAACAUCAGAGAAGAAUGCAGGACCGAACCGAACAGCUCGUGGAUUUGAGAUCAUUGAUGAUGCAAAAGCAGUGUUGGAACAAGAGUGUCCUUUAAGAGUUUCAUGUGCUGAUAUCAUAGCACUAGCCACAAGAGAUGCAGUGGAAAUGGCAGGAGGGAUCAGGUACAGAAUCCCCACCGGAAGAAAAGAUGGUCUGUUGUCUGAUCCUGAACUAGUCAAGCUUCCAUCACCAUCACUCUCUGUGUCAGGUGCUCUUCAAUUUUUCACUGCAAAAGGGUUGACACUGGAGGACAUGGUGACCCUUUUGGGAGGACACACCGUUGGUUUUGCUCAUUGCAGUAUGUUUCAAAAUAGGCUUUCAGCUAUUCAAGGAGGAGUUAAUCCUUCAAUGGACCCUACGUUGGAGGCAAGAUUGGAGCAAAUUUGUGAGUUAAGAAGGGCACCAAAUAGUGACCCUCUUGUGUUUUUGGACCAAAACACAUCCUUUACAUUUGACAAUGAAUUUUACAACCAAAUGAUUCUGAAGAGAGGGGUGCUUCACAUUGACCAGCAAUUGGCUUUAGACCCAUUGUCAAUGGACAUGGUGCAGAAUUUGGCAACAGAUGAUAGUUUAUUUCAAGAGAAAUUUGCGAAUGCCAUGAUAAAGAUGGGAAGCAUUGGUGUUUUGGAUGAGAAUGAAGGUGAAGUAAGAAGCAAUUGUAGGGCUUUUAAUAGGCCUUUGUAG